AUGCGUCUUCUGAGGUCAACGCGUUUUGGUAGACGGCGCUUACAGAAAAAGCUAUUUUAUAGACUCCUGGUGCCAUUUGGUCUUGAUUUGGUAGAAAAGGCUGAGCUGGAAUUGCGUCAUCACUUCCAAGAAGUUGCUGCCUGCGGGCAGUCAGUCGGCCCUCCACUACUCUGGACGCCCACCUCUUGCCUACUCGGGCCAAACUGUGGAAAUGGUAAGACCAUUAUUUUUUAA